AUGUUUUAUCAGACUAUUAGUAGCUCAUGUUUUUACCUUCUUAUUCUAGCAAUCCCGACUACUAUUUGUGUAAGUUCUUAUGCUGCUCUUGCCAGCCUCAAUAACAGUCAAUUCAUUUAUUCUCCUACUCAACAGCUCUACGCAGCUGGUAUGCGUAACAACCAAUUUGGUGUCUAUCAAGCUUACGCCUAUGGCAACGUUACUUCCACAUCAAUUUGGACUGCCAGUCAAUUAUCGACACCAGCGGAUGCUUACUUAAGCGUACAAGGCGACAGAAAUCUAGCUAUCUGCACAGCUAGUGGAAGUGUGCUUUGGAGUCCAAACGUAUACAACAAUGGAACGGGUCUACCGUUUUGUCUAAAAAUACUGGACAGUGGCAAUCUUAUUUGGGUUGAUAAUGCGACUACAAUUAUUUGGCAGUCAAACUCAUCCGGAUGA